UGCAAACAUUCUCACUGUUCAUACUCAAAAUAUUCAACUCACAAAUUAUAAUAAUAAUGACUGUGAAUCCAUUCCAAUUCCUAUAAUAAUUUUCUGCGGUUCCUCAACACCACGUCUUUUUUCUCAGCUAAAUUCGUCAAUUCCGACUUCUCCACGAAUGCCCACAACUCCUUCAAUACUACCACUUACACCCACACCACUUCCUAUAUACUCUAAAAUACAUACUAUAACCUUUGAAUCAAACAUUGAAUCUCCAUGUAUUCUUCCAAAUUCAACAAUGGAUAUUGUUACUAGUCUCAAUAAUAGUGGUAAAUACUUAAUGGUCGCAACUAAUGAUGAAAAUGGUAGAAUUAUCAUAUUUAAAACAUUUAAUACAAUCAAUUGUAGCAUUGAUAACCAACAAAAUGAUAUUAACAAGAAUGAAGAUAUUAUGUCUUCAAUAUUGAUCCAAUUAGCAAACUUUUAUGACAUACCUUCACCAGAAUCAUUAGUUGAAAAAUUAAAAGGUCAUGUUAAAAAUAAUGGUGAUUCAAAAAUUAGUAAUUCAAAAUCUGAUAAUGAUAAAUUAAGUGGUCACUCCGAUGUUGUGCAUGAAAUGUGGUAUGAUGAAGAAAGAGAUUUGUUGAUUACUUGUGGUUUUAAUAAAUACGUGAAAAUUUGGGGAAGUGAUGAAUUAUGCAGAGAAUUGAUGAAAGACUUGAAAGAAGAAGGAGAGAAAAAGAGGAAUCAAAAGUUUUGUCGCUUAUAA